UCGCCAAUCAAAUCAUCAAGAACGAGCACAGAACGAGAAAAACUGAGAAAUAAAACUUUUUGGUGGUUUAUCUGUCAUAGACUUCUUUUUCUUUUUUUUUUUCUCAAUAAACUAUCGAACCACUAUUGUGUAUAGAUUAGAUUCAAACAAAGCUCUAACAAAACAUGUUUUAUUCUUUUCCUCUGUUUUAUUUCAUUAGGCUUGUCCCACAAAAUUCACACUUCUACACAUUCACACAAUCAGGAUACUUGGACACCAACACGAUAGAAGAGGUUUGGGCGAUUUUGAAAGUGAGCAAUGAACAUAUUGAAUUCAACAUGCGUUGAGCAGACAAUCGUUAGUGAUGACAGAAAAAAGCUGCAAACGCACCUAGAUUGAUAGCCAUCGUCUGCGUUUACUUUGUGAUCAUUUACUAACUGUGUAUUCCCUUAGGUUAUGCAUCCAUCGAAAUUCCUGGUAAACUCUUCUAAUUGCUCGGUUGGUCACGAUAUUUACAUCAAUCUCAAUCAUGAAUGUCAACAAAUUAUCAAUGACAUGAAAAGUCAAAUAUUCUUCGACCACAAUUUGGAAUAUCGCCAUCUUAUGUUCCUCUUAAACAAUCGUACAACCAUUGAAUAUAAACUAAUUGAGCUGUUAUUCGAUCGGAUCAAUCAAUUAAACGUACCAUCAGAUGUUCGUGAAAGGUUGCUUUGCAAUCUACACGAGGUUAGCAUGGCUUUCACUCCUGUCGAUAUCUACAUCGACGACAACAAUAGUUUUCGUCCUGAUUCUGAUUCAGAAUCUGAAUCUCAAGGAGAAUUACUCGUUGAUCAUCCAAAUGGUGAUAUCAAUUCGUCUGAUAGUAGUUACGAAUAUGACGUGCCAGAGAAUAUCCAACUCGAUGAUUACCAACUCGAGCAUGGCGUUGGUAUUAUCGCCAGUGAUCUUACGGAUCCAAAUACAAAAGUAACUACAAACAAUAACACUCCUCAUUUUCUCAACUAA